CUGUGGGCUGCACAACCAACCAACUGAGGAGUGGGAAACGUACGAAGACAAGAAACUAUCCAACGUGCUAAUUGUCAUCCCCAAGCACAAUCCACCCGAGCAAAUCUCCGUCCGAUUGCAGUGAAUCCUGUCGACCCCGAGUUGAAAAGAUUCGACUGCGUUUGGAUAUCAAGCUUGGAUUCCAAGGCAAAGAACAUAUGCUAGCUUUUGCUGUAAAGCAGUGAUGGGUUUCCUGCUUAGGUAAGAAGGGUAGUCCGGUGGAAUAAGAGAUGAGUGCAUCCUCAAGCAAUUCUGCGUCACAUGAGCCAGCUGCGAGUUCUUCUGAUAAGCGGGAGUUGGAAGCCCGUGGGAAGAACAAGAAUCAAGAUGAGACCAAAUUUACUGUCCCAUUCUACCGGCUGUUCUCGUUUGCGGACUCCACGGAUGUGAUUCUGAUGGUCGUGGGAUCACUUGGUGCGCUGGGGAAUGGGCUUGCUCUACCUCUCAUGACCGUUCUGUUCGGGGAUUUGAUCCAGUCCUUUGGAGGAGCUUCGGACACACAUGAUGUCCUUCGUAGAGUUUCCAAGGUAGCCUUGGAAUUUGUCUACCUAGCAGUUGGAGCAGGCGUGACAUCUUUCCUUCAGGUAGCUUGCUGGAUGGCUACUGGGGAAAGGCAGUCUGCCCGGAUAAGGAACUUGUACCUGAAAACCAUUCUAAGGCAAGAAAUAGCAUUCUUUGACAAGGAAACAAAGACAGGUGAAGUUGUUGAGAGGAUGUCUGGAGAUACUGUUUUUAUUCAGGACGCCAUGGGCGAGAAGGUCAUCAAUGUGAUAUUUGCAAUCCUCACUGGCUCCUUCUCAUUAGGCCAAAUAGCACCAUGCAUGAAAGCAUUUGCAGCAGGACAAGCUGCUGCAUAUAAGAUGUUUGAGACAAUAAACCGAAAGCCAGAAAUUGAUGCUUAUGAUGCCAAUGGAAAGGAACUUGACGAUAUUCGAGGGGAAAUUGAAUUUAAUGAUGUUUAUUUUAGUUAUCCAGCAAGACCAGAUGAACAGAUCUUUUCUGGAUUUUCUCUUUUUAUUCAGCAAGGAACAACUCUUGCAUUGGUUGGUGAAAGUGGAAGUGGAAAGUCAACAGUUAUAAGUUUGAUUGAGAGGUUUUAUGAUCCACAGGCUGGUGAAGUUCUCAUAGAUCACAUAAACAUCAAGGAAUUUCAACUCAGGUGGAUUAGAGGGAAAAUUGGACUUGUGACUCAGGAACCAGUCCUGUUUGCUACUAGUAUUAGAGACAACAUCGCCUAUGGCAAGGAUAGUGCAUCUGUUGAAGAAAUUAGAGCUGCAGCAGAGAUUGCAAAUGCUGCCAAAUUCAUAGAUAAGUUGCCUAAGGGUCUUGACACCAUGGUUGGAGAGCAUGGAACUCAAUUAUCUGGAGGUCAAAAACAGAGAGUUGCCAUUGCUAGGGCAAUUCUGAAGGACCCUCGUAUUUUGCUUUUGGAUGAGGCUACAAGUGCACUUGAUGCAGAAUCUGAAAGGAUAGUACAAGAGGCACUUGAUAGAAUCAUGGCAAAUCGUACUACUGUUAUAGUGGCACACCGUCUGAGUACCAUCAGAAACGCUGACACCAUUGCCGUUGUACAUCAAGGAUCAAUCGUUGAAAAAGGUUCACAUACAGAGCUCCUGAAGAAUCCAAAUGGAGCUUAUAGCCAACUGAUACAACUGCAAGAAGUGAACCGGGAUGAAGAUAUUAAAAGCGGACCUCGUUUAGACAAAUCUGAUGUGUGGAAUGGUUCAGCACGGUCCUCAGGCAAAAUAUUGUCCUUUCAUCACUCAAUUAGCCAUGGAUCAUCUGGUAGACACAGCGGCCGCCACUCGUUCCAAUUGCCUGUUGGUUUGCAUGUAGGAGUUGAUGUCCAAGAUAGUACAUAUGAGAAAGUAGAUCCUAAAAUUCCUCCUGAAGAUUCAAAAGAAGUGCCUCUCCGCCGCCUAGCUUAUCUUAAUAAACCAGAGAUCCCAGUGUUGAUUCUCGGCUCAGUUGCAGCCAUUGCUAAUGGGGUCAUGUUUCCCAUGUUUGCAAUGCUCUUAUCAAAUGUAAUUAAUGCAUUUUACCAGCCACCACAGAAGCUCAAAAGGGAUUCUAAUUUUUGGUCAUUACUGUUCUUGGUAUUUGGUGGGGUGGCAUUAUUUUCCCUUCCAGCUCGAUCAUACUUCUUUGGCAUUGCAGGAUCCAAGUUGAUAAGGAGGAUUAGGCUAAUGACGUUUCAGAAGGUGGUUAACAUGGAGAUAGAAUGGUUUGAUGAUCCUGAGAAUUCUAGCGGUGCAAUUGGCGCAAGGCUAUCAGCAGAUGCAGCUACAGUCAGGAGUCUUGUUGGUGAUGCACUUGGAUUAAUUGUUGAGAACAUUACAACAUUGGUUGCUGGAUUGCUGAUUGCUUUUAUUGCAAAUUGGCAACUCUCUCUGAUAAUCCUAGUUUUGUUACCUCUCUUGGGUCUGAAUGGAUACAUACAAAUGAAGUUUCUGAAGGGGUUUGGUAAGGAUGCAAAGAUAAUGUAUGAGGAAGCAAGUCAGGUUGCAAAUGAUGCAGUAGGAAGUAUCAGAACAGUUGCUUCAUUUUCAGCUGAAGAGAAAGUGAUGGAGAUCUACAAGCAGAAAUGUGAAGGCCCUACAAGAAAGGGAAUUAGGCUAGGGAUAAUCAGUGGCGCCGGAUUUGGUUUUUCCAUAUUCUUCUUAUUUUGUGUUUAUGCAGCUGGAUUUUAUGCUGGAGCGCGGUUGGUUGACAGUGGGAAGACUACUUUUGGCAAAGUAUUUCGGGUCUUCCUUGCUCUUGCAAUGGCAGCCAUUGGGAUUUCUCAGUCAAGCUCCCUGGCACCAGAUUCAUCAAAAGCCAGAUCUGCUUCGGCCUCAGUAUUUGCUAUUCUCGACCGCAAAUCUAAAAUAGAUCCCAGCAAUGAUUCUGGCAUGAUCUUAGAAACCUUGAAGGGCAACAUUGAGCUUUGCCAUGUCAGCUUCAGGUACCCUAUGCGGCCAGAUAUCCAGAUCUUUCAAGACCUUUCUUUGACAGUUCACUCUGGAAAGACAGUUGCACUGGUUGGAGAGAGCGGUAGCGGGAAAUCAACUAUCAUAUCGUUGUUACAAAGAUUUUACAAUCCUGACUCUGGGGUGAUAUUGCUUGAUGGGAUUGACAUACAAAAGCUGCAAUUGAGGUGGUUGAGGCAGAAGAUGGGUCUGGUGAGUCAAGAACCAACACUCUUUAACGAGACAAUUCGAUCCAAUAUUGCUUAUGGAAAGGAGGGAAUGGCUACUGAAGCUGAGAUCAUAGCUGCCGCAGAGUUAGCCAAUGCCCACAAGUUCAUUAGCGGCUUGCACAAGGGUUAUGACACAUUAGUUGGAGAGCGAGGAUUGCAGCUAUCUGGGGGGCAAAAGCAGCGUAUCGCAAUCGCACGUGCCAUAGUGAAGGAUCCCAAGAUUUUGCUUCUGGAUGAGGCAACCAGUGCACUUGAUGCUGAAUCUGAGAGAGUAGUACAAGACGCAUUAGACCGUGUCAUGGUCGACCGAACCACAAUCAUCGUCGCCCACAGAUUGUCGACGAUAAGAGGCGCAAAUGUUAUUGCUGUGGUCAAGAACGGGGUGAUCGUAGAGAAAGGAAACCAUGAGACACUGAUCAGCAUCAAGGAUGGGGCUUAUGCCUCCUUAGUGGCACUUCACUUGAGCUCCGGAUCAUAGUUUGACACACACUUUCCUCCUCGUUUCGGUCACAAGUCCUAGGCAUCAAUCAAACACAACUUCUGAUGCCUCCCCCUGUAUCAUGUUUUUGUAUCACGUUUGCAUCUGAUUACUACUACUAUGCUGCUGUAUUUUUCAGUCUAAAAACGUCAACAAAUUUCAUUCUCUCAUUCAAGCA